AUGACGGCCGCUGCGACUCCUCGAGGCCCUUGGCCUCCUAUGUCUCCCUCUCGGGCUCUCCCAAUCUCGUCAACCACGCCUCUCGGAUAUCCUUCACGGACACCAGGUUCUGUUGGCCCACAAACACCAGGACGCCCAUCCAAAUCUCUGUCUCCACACGCAAAACGUGCCCCUCGCUCUCCAAGUCCCAAUUAUUUCGAAUUCAUCACAGAUCCUAGCAGCAACCCCCCAAAUUCUAAUGCCGUGGGGGAACAGGGUCUUUUGAAGGCUCCAUCUUAUCUGGAUCCGUCUAAGACAAUCCACGCCAGGAAAGACCGGAGCCCACCAUCAGCUGGUGAUCCACCUAUUACAGUUGCUUCUCCACACAUUGAUCCUUUAGAAUCGCAGCCGCGAUUCGAGAAUUUUCGAAGGCAGUCAGAGACCAAUACAUUCAACUUGAGCCAUGGAAGCCUUUCGCAUUUUAGUGCAAAUGUAGGGAGCGUCCAUCCGUCGACACUCGAAGAAGUGCCAGACCAGAGCCACAGAAAGCUGAACUUAGUGUCGCCGAAACCGCAACAGACGCAGUCAGGAGUUGGGGCAUCUUUGGUGAAUCAAGAGGGAAUGGACAUUGAUGAGAGCUCGCCGAGUGGUUUCCAUCAGUCCCUGCUGAAGACUUCAGAUUCUCAAGAACCAUCUUUCUUCGACGUUCCACGGAUGCAGUCACCAGCAAAUGCCUCAACCCCAGACCUCUCCAAAGUACAGAGAACACAAAUAUCCCACAUUGAUGAAAGGCACCCUCGGAAUUCUCUGCCCCACAACCGAGUCGAGCCUCUUUCGCACAUCAUUCAACGCUCAGAGACACUACCUUCCUCAGUCAGUUACGAUGGCCCUACAAUGAUAGCGCCACAAGAUUUCGUUGAUAUCUUGAAAGGUCAUGUUCCCCAAGACCUCCUUAUACUGGACUUGAGAGUUUUCCCGCAAUACUCCAAGUCUCGAAUAAGUGGUGCAAUCAAUCUUUGCAUACCCACUACGCUAUUGAAAAGAUCGUCUUUCAAUGUGCAAAAAUUGUCAGAAACAUUUACUAAAGAGAAGGAGAGAGCUCGAUUCGCCCAAUGGAGAGAUGCAAAGUUCAUCGUCGUGUAUGAUGCAGCUUCGAUGCAGCUGAAAGAUGCUACAUCAUCAGUCAAUACUUUGAAAAAGUUCACCAACGAGAAUUGGAGAGGCGCCGCUCUCAUUAUCCGUGGUGGAUUCGACAAUCUCGCUAAGAAGUUUCCGGACCAAGUUGAUGAUAGGCUAGCCAGCGAAAUGGAUGGUUCGAAUACGAGGAAACUCUCAAUAGACCCACCUGGCGCAGCCCCUAUUGCAGGAGGGUGCAUGAUGCCAAGUACUCAGACUGCGGCGAAUCCUUUCUUUGGUAAUAUCCGGCAAAAUAUGGACUUGAUUGGUGGUGUGGGUCAGAUGGCUGUGAAGCUCCCAGCUGGUCUCAAGGAGACAGCCGUCGCAGGAUUGCCAGCAUGGUUGAGGCAGGCUGCGCACGUGGGCGACAAAGGCAAGGCUGUUGCUGAUCGCUUUCUUGGGAUUGAAAGGGCGGAGCAGCAGCGAAUGCAAAAGGCGCUGUCUUGCAAUGUGUCUUAUGGCACCCCAAAUGCGCUCUCGCCUGAAGCCGUGCAAAUCGCAGGAAUUGAAAAGGGAACCAAGAACAGGUAUAAGGACAUGCUGCCAUAUGAUCACUCGAGAGUGAGGCUGCAGAACGUGCCGUCCGGACAUUGCGACUAUGUCAACGCAAGCCACAUUAAAGCACAACGGAGCAAUAAGCAUUACAUUGCGUCUCAGGCUCCUGUUCCAGCAACGUUCAACGAUUUUUGGCGUGUAGUCUGGGAACAAGAUGCUCGCGUAGUGGUAAUGCUGACCGCCGAAACCGAAGGUGGACAGCGAAAAUGCCACCCCUACUGGCUUACAGGCGACUAUGGUCCUUUCAAACUCAAGUCAUUCUCGGAAAGGCAUCUCCCACUGGCGUCGUCUAAGAACACACCGGGCAGGGUCUUCUCAUCGCCUCUCAAUUUGGAAGCAAAAGACAGACCCGACAUGGGUCGUCGCCGCUCUACCAAUUGUAGCGCGCAAAACACUCCUACACCCCAAACCGUCGACGCUGAAAUCCCUCAUGUUAUAGUGCGCAAGCUCACCCUCUCCCACACAGGCCACCCAUUUGAACCCCUCCGCGAGAUCACCCAACUCCAGUAUUCCAGCUGGCCGGACUUUGGCGCCCCAGCACAUCCUGCCCACGUUCUAGGAUUAGUCGAGCAUUGCAACUCGGUUGUACGCAGCUACGAGUCCAGCAGCCCCAGCCGUGAGCCCGACGAGCCUGCCCGUAAGGGCGAGCGGCCAACCGUUGUGCACUGCAGCGCUGGUUGUGGCCGAACGGGAACAUUCUGUACUGUAGACAGUGUUGUGGAUGAGCUCAAGUGGCAACGUCAAGCCCGCUUACAGAAACAGAUGACCUCAAAUCCAGAAGAUAUGGACGUUGACAGCAGUAAAGAAGAUGGCUGGAUGUUGAAAGACGAUGAAGAUUUGGUUGCCCAAACAGUCAGCAACUUCCGCCUGCAGCGACUGAGCAUGGUGCAAACGCUGAGGCAGUUUGUGCUAUGUUAUGAGACUAUUCUCGAGUGGAUUGUGGGGGAGAUGCCGGGGAAAUUCAAGGGACUGGGAAGCGACAUAGAGAGGAGGAGUCGGGGCGGAUAA